UGUAAAUCUCACAGCUGUAGAAAAAACUGGAGCGGUUCAGCUAAAGGCAUGGAACCUUUCCUAACCGUGAAGUGCAUCAAGUCUUUGAAAGAAAAAGGCCUGGAUGUACGAAAACUUAUCAUGGAUGACGACAGCACUACAUUUUUGAGAACUAAAAAGGCAGUACCAAACAUUACAAAAAGUAGCGAUAAAAACCACGUAGUCCGGAAUUUGUCCAACGCAUUAUAUAAGGUCAAAGAAACCCAUGGAGGUCUUUCUGUGAAAACCAUAAAAUACUUCAAGAAAUGUUUUGCGUAUACAAUUCAACAAAACAAAAAUGACGUAGAGGGGAUCCGAAAAAACCUGUAUGCAACAGUUCCGCAUGCAUUCGGAGAUCACAGUCAAUGUAACUCCAGUUGGUGUGGAUUCCUUAAAGAUCCAAGCACUUACAGACAUAAAUCACUGCCCUCGGGAAAAGAUCUUGUUGGAGAAAAACUAAGAGAAGCCCUGCAGGAUGUUUUCCAGAAGCAUGCUGAAAAAGCUGAAAAGUACAUAGAUCUUGGAUCAUCAAACGCAAACGAAAAUUUAAAUCAGAUGAUAGCAAAGAAGGCCCCUAAAGCUCAACACUACUCAGGAUCAGAGAGCCUUUCUUACAGAGUUGCCGCUGCUGUUGCCCAAAAAAACGAAGGUCACAAGUACAUUUUGCAGGUUAAUUCAGCAUGCAACUUGUCUCCUGGGAAACAAACUGAAAAAAGACAAAACCUUCUGGAUAAAAAAAGGUCCACAAAGCACCAAUUCCAAGGUACCUACAAAGCCAAGGUAGAACGUCUUAAACUUCGGGAACAGAGGCAAACAUCGGAGACAACAAUGGAACUCUGCGAAGGCACUACAUACGCUACAGAUAUAGAAUUGUCAGCGACAAAUGAUGAGUUAGAGGAUCUUAUCACGGAAAUUCCCAUGUCUGAAAGAAAACCAUCGAAAAUUUCACCUCUAUCUCCUGAAACAUCUAGUAUCAUUGUAGCUGAUCUGGAAACCACUGGUUUAGCGACAGAUAGUUCCAUCAUCCAAAUAGCUGCUAGUAGCUAUUGUACGGAGGACACCUUCUCCAGUUUUAUACGUCCUCAAAAUGGUUAUAUCCCUAAAACGGUUUCAAAACUGACAGGCAUCGAACUGCAUGGUUUGACCAUGUUCUCCGACAUGGUACCGGUCCGAUCCAUGGGAGAAAAGGAGGCACUGUUAAAGUUUGUGGAGUGGAUGAGAAAGUAUGACUCCGUUCUAAUCGUGGCUCACAAUGCAUGUUUUGAUGCUCGGAUCUUAAUAUCUGCAUUCAACAGGCACGGAAUCACCGAUCAUCUUAAAAGUAUUGUUGGUUUUUCAGACUCCAUUAAAGUUUUCAAAAAGGCAUUCCCCAGUCAAUCAUCUUACAAGCUGCAGCAUUUGGUUCAACAAUUUGGUACAGACCUGCCACCGGUCCAAGCCCACAAUGCUGUUAACGAUGUUCUGGUACUCCGCCACAUGUUGCUGAAAAUACCCAGCGCCUCAGAUUCUCUCCGACAAUCUGCUUUUUCUGUCGAGCAUGUCUCACUCCAGAUCAAAAAGGCGCAAAACAAACAAAAAAAUUUAGACGGCUAUGACCAGUUGAUAAGCCAAAAUGUUUUGACGAAGACCCAGUGUUCAAGCUUAGCAUCGCAUGGACUGUCCGUGAAACACGUGCAACUUACAUUUAAUAGAGCAGGGGUAGAUGGGCUUAAGGACGUACUGAAAGGGAAAAUUAAAAAAAUAAGUAUUGCUGCUGAAAAACUAGCUCGACACUUUUCACAAGCAACAUCCUAA